UAGAGCCCCGGCACUGUGUCUGGUGUGGAGGUGGACAACCAGGGACAAGAAGAAUCAUGAAGCAUUUGGCAUUGUUAACUUUCGCGCUUGCUCUUUAUGUGGCAUUAACCACUGCAAAGUCUCCAUACCAGCAAGUGCUCCAGCACAGUCGGAUCAGGGGAAGACAGCAUGGCCCCAAUGUGUGCGCCCUGCAGCAGGUCCAAGGCAGCAAUAAGAAAUACUUCACAAACUGCAAGCAGUGGUAUCACCGGAAGAUCUGUGGCAAGCCCACGGUGAUCACCUAUGAAUGCUGUCCAGGGUAUGAAAAGGUCCAAGGGGAGAAAGGCUGUCCUUCAGCGCUUCCCCUUUCCAACAUUUACAACACCCUGGGAGUAGUAGGAGCCACCACCACCAAGAUGUACUCGGAGAGAGCCGAACUGCAGCCCGAAAUCGAGGGGCCCGGGAGCUUCACCAUCUUCGCCCCGAGCAACGAAGCCUGGUCCACCCUGCCCGCUGAAAUCCUGGAUGCCCUUGUCAGCAAUGUGAACAUUGAGCUGCUGAAUGCACUUCAUUACCACAUGGUGAACAGACGCCUGACAACUGAAGACCUGAAGCACGGAAUGGUCGUGCCGUCCAUGUACCAGGAUCUGAACGUGCUUAUUCACCACUAUCCCAAUGGGAUUGUGACGGUGAACUGUGCCCGUCUCAUGAAAGCGGACCAACACGCUACCAACGGAGUCGUUCACGUUAUUGACCGGGUCAUCACAGCCAUCACCAACACCAUCCAGCAAUCCAUCGAGGGUGACGACCUGCUGGAGACACUGAGUACGGCUGUAGCCGCAGCUGGUCUGGAACAGGUCCUGGACAGCGAGGGACAGUACACCUUCUUUGCUCCGACCAAUGAGGCCUUUGAGAAGAUCAACCCAGAAACCCUCAACAGGAUCCUGGGAGACCCUGUGGCUCUGAAAGACCUGCUGAACUACCAUAUUCUGAAGACAGUCCAGUGUUCAGAAUCCAUCGUGGCAGGCACACCCAUGGAGACCCUGCAAGGCACUGCCCUGGAGGUGGGCUGCGAUGGAUCUGAGAUGACCAUCAACGGCAAAGCCAUCAUCACCAGCAAGGAUCACCUGGGAACCAACGGUGUCAUCCACUACAUCAGUGAGCUCCUCAUCCCAGAUUCAGCCAAGACCCUCGCUGAGCUGGCAGAAGGCUCCACAGUGAGCACAGCCCUGGAUCUCUUCAGUCAAGCUGGCCUGAGCUCCCACAUGACUGGCAGUGAGGCUGUCACCCUGCUGGCACCCACCAACGAUGCUUUCAAAGAUACCACGUUAAGAGUUACUCCAGAAGUGAAGAGGCUCCUCAGGAACCAUAUUGUGAAGGAGCAGCUGUCCUCCAAGCACUUGUACCAUGGACAGGUCCUGGAGACUCUGGGAGGAAAGAAGCUGAGAGUCUUUGUUUACCGCAAUGCUGUGUGCAUUGAGAACACCUGCAUUGCAGCCCAUGACAAGAAAGGGCGGUAUGGCAGUCUGUUUCACAUAGACAAGGUCCUCACUCCGCCCGUGGGCACUGUCAUGGACGUUCUGAAGGGAGACAAUCGCUUCAGCACACUGGUUGGUGCUAUCCAGAGAGCAGGCCUCACAGAGAUGCUAAACCAGCAGGGUACUUACACAGUCUUCGCUCCCACCAAUGAAGCAUUCAGCGCCAUGCCUCGCGGGGAGCUGAAUAAGCUCAUGGGUAACUCACGGCAGCUGUCUGACCUCUUGAAGUACCACAUUGGGGAGGAGCUCCUGGUCAGUGGGGGAGUGGGAUCUUACACCAGGCUAAAGUCUCUCCAGGGUGACAAGCUUGAACUGAGCAUGAGGAACUACACUGUAAAUGUUAACAGGGUCCCAGUGGCUGAAGCAGACAUGAUGGCUACCAAUGGAGUGGUGUUCGCAGUCAGCUCAAUCAUACAGCCUGUUGCCAGAACUGCAGGAGACGAGGCUGCAGAAAGUAUCGUCAGGCAAGACUCAGCCAUGAGGGCUCCAAUCCAAACAAUCAGACCAGGUGAAUUAGCUCGUAGAUAUCACUCUAGCAGACAAGUCAGACGCACCCAGUAACUUCCAUCGUGACAGAAUGCUUCGGAGCCACUCCAGACAGACCCUUCCCAUCACAGCGAUUGAAAGUGAUUCCUUAUGUUCUGGAGCACAUUCUUAUUCUCGAAUGUCAAUGUGUAUUCCUUCAUUUGUAUUCACCACCACAUCAGCGCCUUUAAAAAAAAAAAAUGCUUACUUGACUUAUUUUACCACAUAAAAAAAAACUAAACCUGUACAGAUUGGUUGGAUGUUUGGGGUAAGUGUACAUUAUCUGCUGACUGUCUCAUUUUGUUAACAGUGUACGUAAUUGAAUUGGUUUAAAACGUACACAUGAGAAACGCCUUCCUGAACUUUAGUUUCAAGCAGAAAUUGUUAAAAGCUGUAAGGUUUUUUUUUUCUUCUUAUAAAUGUAGCAUGAUUGCAUGGUAUGAGCAAUAGCAGAAGAAAACAAGUUAUUUCAUUUCUGUGUCAACAAAUGUUUAGGUGACACAGUCCAAAUAUCGUUUUACAAAUGCUGUCGUUUUGAUUUCACAAAGUGUAAAAUCACAAACACAAACUUUUUUUGUAAAAUAGCCAUGCCUUCUACCAUACAAAUAAAGAGUUCAUUUUGUAACAAAA